AUGCCUCGCAGACAGGCUGUACAAGGACCCUCUCAAACCUUCACCUUCUGGGGAAUGGUCGGCGUCGUCAUGGCCGCUCUAAAAUUGAAGGAACACAUGGAUGAUUACAGACGAGUACCGUCUGAGGAAGAGGGCUUGGGGCCUCUAGCUCUCCACAGUCCCGUCCUAGAUGCCAACAAUAUCGGAGCUAGCGGCGACGGUUUUCUGGACACGGAAAUCCCUGGCGCACGGCCGAAGCGAAGCAAGAGGAAUUGCUGCGUCUGCUGUGGCAUGCGCUGUGGACUGUUCUGGAAGGCUUUCGGUAUCGUUUGCUUACUGUUCUUAGGCUGGCAAGCUAUCAAAUUGGCUAUCUGGGCCGUGACCCCGAAACCUACUGGUCUCGAAGGCAUGCCCGAAUUUAGCACUUCUUUGGGCUGCUCAAAUGCCCCUUACAUCUACAAUGUGACCGAUACCACAUUCCUCGUGCCAGUUGGCUUGAACAAUGCCGACCACGAGAUCGAAAUCCUUGGCAAGGCGGUCGGCACACUCACAUUCGUGCAGGGCGACUCUGAUGCGACGGACGUCAAGUACGACAUCACCCUCCGUGCUGACCAGGACGGGCUCUUCGACUCCAUUCUGCUGCAGCACUCCACGGCAUACGAAAUCGAGCACGGCAUCUCGAACAGUCACACGCGUCUUGCGACAACUUACGAAUCGUCGGCAUGCAUGCGCUAUGAUAUCAAAGUCUCUGUGCCGCCGACCCUCAAGAACUUGGCUGUAAGCACGCGCACGGUCACCCACAUCAAGUUCGACACCGACUCCAUGUUUGACUUCGACAAGCUCUCAGUGAGCAUGCGCGCAAUGAUGGAAACCGGCCAUCUUCUCCUCCCGCAUACGGGCGUUCACGCGGGCAUGCUCUUAUUCGAUAUUUCCCGUGGAUGGCUCGUUGGCGACGUCGCGAUCGUGGACAAGACCACGCUGUCGACAUCAAAGGGCGACGCAGUGAUGAACGUGCACGUGCACCCCGUCCCGUCAACCGCAGACCGUCCCGCGACCGCUGAACUGCAGACGACAACGGGCACGGGACGCACCGACGUCUUCUUCGUUAGCAGCGCUGGUCACGUUCACCGCCCCAUUUCUAGCACUCACAGCUCGUUGCGCGGUGGCGAAAUGUACCUGACGUACAAGGAGGCGGAGUUCAAGGGCGAGGUCGACCUCUCUGCGAAGUCGUAUUCUGCUAGUGGCCUCCAGGGCUCAAUGAUGCGCCACGGUGGCAUGGGCGGCGAGCUCCCUUGGGUUGGGGACAAGAACGGCGGCGAUAAGAUCGUUGCGCAGUCUCCCAAUGGCUGGAUUGGGUUGUACUUCUGA